AUGUCAACUGUUGAGAUCACUUUGGAAGGUCGCAAUCAUGUCACCAGCCCGGCUUUCGGGAGAUGUAGCUCGAUGCCGAACAUGGCGGUGCAGACUGCUCCUGCGGACGAUGCAUUCGAUGUAGGACUUCCGUCUGCAGCCGACGACUCGGAGCCAAUCGGUUCGGUCAAACCGUCAAGUGGUUCAGCCCAAAUUGUCGUGGACAACAGUUGUGCAAGUCUAAAAUUCCUAUGUUACAUUUCGCUGGUCAACAUGUCAAGAAUGAGCUCACGAUGGAGGCGCCGUCCGUCCCUCUGCCGUCCGACACAUCGCCGUCAGGCUCACCGCCGAAGCAGUUUCGGACUGCCGAAGCGAAAGUUAAACAGCAGUCAAGCAGCGAUCUCACGGAUCCGUAAAGGCGGCGUUGCGAUGCCGAACAUUGCAGUGCUAUUUUCUUUGGCGGACAUAGAGGACGUGCCGUCACGAGAGACUAUCGAUACGUCUGAGUUCGGCCGAAAGAUAGUUGACGACGACGGUACACGCCGCUAG